UUUCUGCCUUGAGAGAGUGCCAAUUGGGUAGAAGCAAAUGACAGACUCUGGCCAGUUAACUAUCAUGUACUUACACAUCCAUUUGAAGGUAUAUGCACCAAAUGCUAGAAAAACGUGGAACGUAACAAGGAAAGUCUUUAGAAGUUGCGGGAAUAUGAUGCGAGGUGACAGUCGUGCAAGUAGUGCAACUUUGUACUUCGUCCGAGUGUGGGGUCCCACAAGAUAUGCUGAGGAUUAUAUGUCUGAUAUCGGUGGGAUUACUUUUGUUAUCCACUACAGUGUCAGGGGAUGGUGACGUUCCGGGAGAUGAUAAUGUAAGAGUACCAAGAGCUUUAGUAUUAAAGCCUGUAGUCAAAGUAAAAACACAUCAUGAUGAUGAUGAUGACGGGCCAUUUGACUUCAUUGCAGAUUGGAUAUCUAAGUUAGUGAAUCCACAUAAACCGUCAACACCCGCACCUCUGCGAUUACUUGUGCCUAGUAUCAAUGGUAUAUCCGACGAGUUAUACAUUGAACACUUGACGCCAUCGCCUCAUACGAAGAGUAGUUUUGUGAUAAUUCGAGUGUCAUCUGAUGCAAAAAAUCCACCUCAUGGUAAUCCACCAGGUGGAGGAACGACACCUUAUCAUCCCAAACCAAUAUUUCCAUCAGGAUCUACAAGAUUUAUACCAAAACCAUCGGGGAAUUUCUUCCCUGUUGCUCCAACUGUUCCUUCUUGGCCUCGACCUUCAACGGCGAUGGACAGACCUCUAAUACCGAAUCAUAUGAAUGCUAUGCAUAUGAAUGCUAUGCACAUGAACAAUCUUCAUAUGAAUAAUAUUCACAUGAAUAAUAUGCAAGGAUAUGACUAUAACCAACCUUCAAAUUAUGGGUCAUAUAAUCAACGAAACUAUCCAAAUCAUAAAAACUAUAUGCCAAUGAAAUUCGGACCAAAUACUUAUAAUUUCAAACCUCCGUUUAGUCCACAUCUGCAACCACCGUUCCGUUCCCAUGACCGUUUUCCCCAGAAUCCUUAUGGAGUGUACGAUUUUCAUAAUUCUAUUCCUGGAGCAAGCGGAGGAAGUUUUCAUCACGGAAUGGAGUCAUUCAAACCUACUAAUUAUCCCAGUUAUUCAUCAUUUCCUGGAGUUCUCUAUAAUAAUAAUAGUCUACAUACCUUGGGAAGUGAGCAAGUUAAAGUAACUCUUGAGAAUGUUGAUCUUCCUUUACCCCCCACCACAGCAUUACCUUCUAUAUCUGAUCAUAAUCAGUUGGAUAAUGUCAAUCGUUUGGAUAGAAUGAUAUCAACGUCUUCACAAUUAACUAAUUAUUCUACGAAACUCAAAUCAUCUACUACAACUACAACAACACCAAGUCCUCAUUUAGAACAAAAUAGAAAUAAUGAUUUUAAAUAUAGCUCUCAAGAAAUUCAAGAAAUUUCUCCACCGGAUUUACUACAAACUUGGAAAAAACUUGUUGCUGAGAAUGAGGAUAAACACGUGAUGAAAAUAAGCAAAGAUGCUGAACUUCAUGUCGAUGAAAAAAUGACGGAAAAAAGUCGACGAGAUGUACAAAAUAACACGAACGAUAAUCAAUUAAUGAAAACUAGAAUUUCAGAGAUGAUUAAGAGAAGAAAUCGGAAAACUACUACUAAUAGAAGAUCAGUAUCAACUUUUGUAACUACUCCUGUUUAUAAUAGAAAUUCAGAUAAACGUGCGGAAAAAUUAGUUGAUAGGGUAACUGAAAAAAUACAACUUGAUUCUAGUGUUUUAUCAAAUAAUGCUAAUGAUUUUUAUAAAGUGGAAAAUAUUACUUUAAGAAGUAUCGAGAAUGUUAUGAAUUUAACUGCCAGUGGUAGUUGGAAGAAUAGAGAAACUAGGAAGCCUGAUAAAUUGUAUGAAAGGUUAAAAAAUAAUCAUAAUAAAAAAAUAAGAGUUGUUGAAAGUGUAAAAAGCUCAGUUUCCGUAAUUAAAUCAAAAGAUAAACAAUAAUAAAUCUUUAUAAAAAUAAGAAAUUUUGUUUUUAUGAAACAAAAAUACUCAUAAAUAAAUAAAAUAUUUUCUAACACUUAUAGAAAGCAA